CGGAAGGGGAGGUGAGCCAUGACAUCAUCAGAUCGAGUCAAUAAAUGCAGCAGAGGUGCGUCCUUUCCUUAAAGGCGUCAACAAAAUGCAACGUCCUCCAAAGCCACAGUUUGCCAGCUGGCUGAUAGAGCAAGUGCAGACGGGAGAGUACGCGGGUCUGUGCUUUGUGGAGGCAAACAAGUUCAGAGUUCCCUGGAAGCAUAACUCCCGCAAGGACUGCAACGACGAAGACUGCAAAAUAUUCUGGGCUUGGGCAGUUGCCAGCGGUAAAAUUAGAGAAUUCCCAAACGACAAAGCCAGAUGGAAAACAAAUUUUCGCUGUGCUCUCAACAACCUCAACGACCACUUCAAACUGCUCAGUGAUAAUUCCAAAAACCAGGAGGAUCCGCAUAAAGUCUACGAGAUUGUCAAAAGCGGCGGUCUAAAUCCAGCGGCGCGAGAUUCUUACGAUGACUUGGAAAUCACUCCAGAGAAACACAGCUCCCCUGUCGUGUUGUACCCAUCAGGAAACGAGCACGACCUCUACAGAGAUUUAUCGGCGCUUAACCUUGACCAACAACAAGACAUCUGGGCUGAGAACUACACCUUGAACAACCAUCCAGAAAUCGAAGGUUACUCUGGAAUAAUGCCUGAGAACAACGUGCCAGUGCCUGUGGACGUGUGCUGCAAUCAGCAUGUGAAUCUACAGCCAGUACAACCAGCCGACGCCAAACCAAAUCUCUGUGACCUUGAGAUCUCCAUCCACUACAGAAAAACACUAAUGGAAAAGUUCACUUUCAAUGCAGCACGAGUCCAGCUUCACUACAGUAAUGAAGCCCCAGAACUGAACGUUGUUUCUCUUUGCUUCCCAAACACCGAUCGCCUGGUGGACCGCACACAGAUCGAUUUCACCAAACAGAUCCUCAACAGCAUACAGAGAGGUCUCCUCUUAGAGGUUCUGGAAACGGGUAUCUAUGCAACCAGACAGGACCGAUGCCGUGUGUUCGCCAGCACUGGGGACCCCACAGUGGCUCAACCUAGCCCCCAAAAACUACCGCAGAACACCCCGGUCCAACUGCUCAGUUUUGAGGACUAUGCAAACGAUCUGAGAAAGUUUACAGAAAAUAGGGGACGGUCUCCUCGUUACAUCAUCAAUAUGUGCUUUGGAGAAAGCUUUCCAGAUGGACGACCACUGGAGAAGAAGCUUAUCGUCGUGCAGGUGGUUCCUCUAAUCUGCCGGUACUUCCACGAGGUGGCCCUGAUGGAAGGAGCUUCGUCUCUACACAAUGAGAACGUCAGCCUACAAUUCUCACACAACAGCCUCGAGGAGCUCAUCCAUUCAGUCUUCGGGCUACCUAUGGCUGUCGAACCUUUUCCGGAUCACAUGUGAAGGGAAUUGAAGUGACACAAAACACCGUUAAAACAGUGCCCAGUCACCGUAAAAUGGGCAAAUGAAAGCACUUUGAAUGACCAAGUCGCAUGCCGCGUUUCCUCCUUCAAACCUCCAGACUACUUCUCCUUCUUCUAACUCGAUGACGAAUGAUUCCGUUGAAAAAAUGAUCAGCCGUUACAUUUAGAAAGUACCUGACAGUGCAGUAUGUUUCUGUGUCAUUUGUGGAAAAUAUGAGUAUAAACCAGAAGGUUUCACUCCAGAUUUUAGACAUCACCCUGCUGGAUAUGUUGUAGUUUUUCUUGCACAGUAUGGAACAAAAUUAUAUGUAUGUAUUUAAUAAAAUAUUAAAUGUACACAAAUUCUGACUGACUGAUA